AUGUCACUUCCGCAAUGUCAAAUUGUCAUAUACCCGUAUGGGAAUGAGUCUGUCGCGUCGCACAUGCUCGACGCGGUCAUCGAUGGCACCCGGGGCACGAACCUUAUUACCCGUGCAGCCGUCAUCAGGCUUCAAGAUCUGGACAGAUGGCUCGUGUCCUCCCGGGGAGACACAGACGCAGUAGUCGAACUGCAAGUUCAGAUCCCCAAGGGCAGCCGGAUCUGUGCGGAGAGAUUCGCCGUCAGCGACACGGCUCCUACGGGGCUACCUCACGGGUGUGGGAUUAUGGUGGGCAAGGACUCGUCCAUUCACCGCGACUAUCACCAGCAAGGCUAUCCCGGGCUGCCAAUGGUUUAUGUGAAACCGACACGAGUUUUCAAUGUUUUUGGACCUCGCAGAGGAAAGGGAACCCCAAACCAUCAGGACACCAAAAGCAAAAGGGAGGCAAAAUCAAGACAGACCUUGAAAGGUGUUCAAGACGACCAAAGUGACGCCUGCGAUCUGGGCGAAAAAGCGGGGAUGGGUGCCCCACUAGAACCACCCGCCCGGAGAUCGAAACGGUCCUCCUACCUUUGUUGUUGGCGCAUCCAGCGGUUUCCGUCGCCCUCGCCAUAUCAACGCGAACGUGGUAAUGGGCCUUCGAGAAGCGACUUUGGAAGUCUGGAUCAUCGUUCUUCGUAUCCAGCUAGGGGACAAAAAUCGAGGAUUCCGGAUUGGGCGGUGAGACGAGGCGCGCCUCGGAACGAGCCCAUUAUUGCACCGCGCAACGUAGAACCAGCGCACAUAAACUCACCGGUAACCCAAGUGGCUGAUAAGGUCCUGGAUAUUCUCAUAUGGAAGGCCGACUACGGUCAGAUACGACGCUUUCUCGUCCUCGAGCUCAACGCCGACGUCAAUGUGAUGGACGACGAGGUGUACAGGUCUCUGAACUUGGAAAAGGAACCUUGCGGCAUGACUACGCCGCUCAGUCUACCGGGUCAAGCGGAUCUCAAACCGACCGGCAAAGUGAACUGUCUGUGGUGUGUCUGGGGAGACUCUCGCAACUACCUCACCUCUUUCUUCAUCGUCAGCGGAUGCGACUUCGAUGUUAUGAUCGGGAGACAUUCCAUCCUGGAACAUCAGAUCAAUCUAUAA